AUGCCAUUUUAUAUUAUCACCUGUCGUGUUCAGGCGCUUUGUGGCUUCGACGGAUCUAGCUGCGGAGCUAACUAUACGUCCUUCGCAGCCUUCGCGCCGGCGGUGUUGGAUGCGGCUGCCGGUAUGCAGGCCAUGUUUUCGGACCUAGUGGCGCAGCGCGGGCUUCGAAGCACGGCACCGUUGCCUGGUCCGUUACCCACGCCAGGGGCCCGUCCAGGCGCCCCGCCUUCCUACAGCAACCAGCCGAGCAUCGGCGCCGUGUUAUUGGUGGGAUGUCAUGCCCUGGAAUGCGAGACGAUUUUUACGCCUGCCUGUACGGCUGUUCCCAAGCACGUGUACUGGGGCCACGGCACAUCGACAUGGACACGGGAGGUGAUGCAGAGUAAGCGCUGGCCUGGUACCCGGCAUGGCGGUCUGAUAAGGCGGCUAGAUCUUUCAGGAGAACCAGCGUCCGGCUACUUUGGCGAAAUUGACUCCAUCCGGUCAGUUGUCUGCAGUUUCUCCUCCUCAGCUGAACGGCAGUGUGCCGCGUGUCAGGCCCUCAACAGAAAUUACCAAUGGAAGCGUUCAGCCGACUCUGCCGCACUGCGAGUUGCUGUGACACGUUGCCCGUUAAUUCUGAACAUGGCCGGUCCACUUGUGCACGACUUCAUGUCUCUCAUGUGUGUUGGCAUGAACAUGUCCAGCGGUUGUGGCGCCAUGAGGGAUGUCGUCAAGCGGGAUGGCAAAUACCUUGUGUAUGGUCUCAGUGGCGGGGAGCUGGCGGACAUGGAGGGCAGCAGCACAACGCAAUAUACAUUGAAGAAGCUCUCUCGUCGCAAGGGGGCUGAUGCUGGCUUAACGCAGAAGCGCCAGCCACGCCAACAAAAGGUCGAAGAAUGGGUGCUGGCCGAAGUGCCGGCCGAAGCCCGAUCGAAGUCUGGGCGUCGAAUCAAAAGCACCCGAAAGGAGACCUCCUUAUACUGA